CUGAUGGGGAUGUCACGAGCAGCCCUCGCCGAGCUGCUGUGCAGCUACUACGGGCAGUCCUACUGCGUGGAGGUGACAGUCAGAGUGCUGAGGGCCAUGGGCAGGAGCACCCUGGCAUAUGCACUCCUGCACAAGCUGACCUAUGGGGCAAGUUUUGUCGAGCGCUACAGAAAAAUUGUGAUCCAGCGAGCCUCUAAUGUGGCUAAUGUCAUCAUGGCUCUCCUCCGUGAACGUGUACUGACCUCUGAGCAGUCUGACAGCAUCAUGUCAGAAAGAACCAACCAGAAGAGAAUGCAGAAGCUCUAUGAACUGGUGCCAACGUGGGAUGUCACAAACAAAUAUUGCCUGUAUAAGGUUCUAUGUACAACAAAUCCAAUUCUCACUUUAGCAUAUCCAGCUGUCCAGGCACAGGGUAGCAUCAUAUCAGAGGAUCCCUGGGAUGAUAUUUUCUAUCUUCAAGGUUCCCUGGCAAAGUCUGACCCUGUUCUUCAGGGCGGCACCUGGCUUCAGUACAAACCAAGCCUUGGAGGGAACAAUCUCUCCACUUCUGAGAUGACAGGCUACAAAACACCCAACAAACUUAUGGCUGAACUUAGAUGUUCCUCAUGA